AUGGAACCAAUCGGCGACGGGAAUUCGAACCAGACGCAAAAUGCAGGAGCUCAGUCAAAUCCGAAUCAACCUUCCUUGAAUCAACGAAUUGAGGACUUCGAUGAUCCUCUGUAUCUACAUAUUACAGAGAAUCCGAAUUUGAGCUUAGUUUCACCUCCACUCAACGAGCUCAACUACGCCUCUUGGAGUAGGUCAAUGAGAAUUGCGUUGGAUGUGAAGAACAAAUUUGGAUUUGUUAGCGGAGCUAUUCUGGUCCCUGAAGAAAACGAUCCAAGGGUUGCAGCUUGGAGAAGGUGCAAUCGGAUUGUAUGUUCCUGGAUAUUGAGGUUUGUAAACCCUAGCAUUGCUGAUGGAGUCAUGUAUCUUGACAAAGCAUCGGACAUCUGGAAUAGUCUACAGAAGAGGUAUUCCCAAUCCGAUCCCCAUAGAAUUUCAGAAAUUCAAAAUGAAAUGAUUAAAAAUGUUCAAGGAAACAUGAGUGUUAAUGAAUACUUUACAAAGAGCAAUGCUCUAUGGCAACAAAUGAAUGCCUUGAGGCCUUUACUCCUAUGUGAGUGUGUGCCUAGGUGUUCUUGCACUCUUAUGAGCAGAAUGCAGAAACAAAGAGAGGAAGACCAGAUAAUCCGCUUUCUAGAAGGCUUAAAUGAAGAUUAUGAAACUGUGAAAUCUGGAGUCCUUGUCAUGGACCCCCUUCCAGACAUGGAAAAGGUUCUAAAUAUGACCUUAAAGCUAGAAAGGAAGAUCAAGGGAUCAAUAAGUCAAAAAUGCAGUGAGUUUGCUCAGACUAAUGCCACUUAUAACAGUCAAGUGCAAGUUGGAGAAGAACAGUCAGUUGUUGCUACUUUUACCCCUGAUAAUAAGAAGAAAUUUGGCAACAAUGGAGGGAAAAAUGUGCCAAAAUGCACCUUCUGUGGCAUGCUUGGACACACUGUUGAGAAGUGUUACAAGAAGCAUGGCUAUCCACCUGGAUGGGUUGCAGGUUACAAGUCUAAGAACAAGCACUCUCAAAAUAUGCAACAACCUUCCAGCUCCUCUGUGAGUCAGGUGUCUGAUACAGGGCUGUCUGUAGAUCAAUUCCAAAAGCUGUUAUCCAUGUUGCAGAAUCAAAAUCAAGUCUCAGGCAACUCUGCUGCUGUAGCAGUUACCACUCCUGGGAUUAAAGCAAAUUUCAGAAACUCUGUGGAGGCUCACAAUGAAGGUAGUCUUAUUCCUCAAAUCCAUGUUAAUACUGUUCUGAAUACACAUAUGGUCUGGAUUCUAGAUUCAGGAGCAACAGACCAUAUUACAACAGGUUGCCUACUGAUGUGCUUGGUGGGAUUUCUCCUUUUAAGAAGCUAA